UUGACCAAUAGCCGUGCGGCAGAGGUGUAGCCGUUGCUAUUUAUUCUACAGUUGAGCAGCAGGCUAGGCUCGUCUGACCGGUCCGUUUACAAGGAGUCUUCAAGGAUUCAUUACAAUAUGUCGAAAGACGUCCCACGCGAGCCAGAGCAGCUCCGCAAGCUGUUCAUUGGGGGAUUGAGUUUCGAGACCACAGAUGAAAGCCUGCGGGCUCAUUUUGAGCAAUGGGGGGGCCUUACAGACUGUGUGGUCAUGAGGGAUCCCAACACCAAGAGAUCCAGGGGCUUUGGUUUUGUUACGUAUUCAUCAGUGCAAGAGGUUGAUGCUGCCAUGUCUGCCCGCCCCCACAAGGUUGAUGGAAGAGUCGUUGAACCUAAGCGUGCUGUUUCUAGAGAGGACUCAAACCGGCCAGGUGCCCAUGUAACUGUUAAAAAGAUCUUUGUUGGAGGAAUCAAGGAAGAUACAGAGGAGUCUCACCUGCGAGAUUACUUCCAGCAGUUCGGCAAAAUCGAGGUUAUUGAUAUCAUGACUGACCGCAACACUGGAAAGAAGAGGGGCUUUGCUUUUGUGACCUUUGAUGACCAUGAUUCAGUGGACAGGAUUGUCAUCCAGAAGUACCACACAAUCAACUCUCACAACUGCGAAGUGAGGAAGGCCCUGACAAGGCAGGAAAUGCAGACUUCGGGUAUGGGAAUGAGAGGUCGCAGCAGUGGUGGAAGGCCUUAUGACUACGACAGAGGCUUCAACCAAGGUGGCAGAGGAAGGUAUGGAGAUGGUCCUUACAACUGCAAUGGAGGUGAUGGUGGUUAUGGAGGUGGUCCCGGUGGUCCUGGUGGCUAUAAUAAUGGCGGUAACCGUGGAUAUAACCAGGGUUACAACCAGGGUGGUGGAGGCGGUGGUGGCGGCUAUGGAGGAAAUGGUUAUGACAGCAAUGGCUAUGGUAACUGCGGCGGCGGUGGUGGUGGCGGAAAUAACUACAACAGCAUGGGCCACUACGACCCCCAGGCGUCCAACUUUGGCCCGAUGAAGAACAACUUUGGCGGCGGCGGUGGCGGCAGGAACUUCGGUGGCUAUGGAAAUGGCUCCAACAGUGGUGGAUAUGGCCGUCCCGGACGAUUUUGAAAUGUGAAGUGGACUGAGUACUUAGGAGAGGAGAGCAAGGAGAGGAGAGCAAGCGAAGUGACAGGGCAGCUGUGACAGGGCAGCUGCAGGUUUACCUCCUAAAUCUGCUCAGCCAAACAGUUGUUGCAGGUUACAGCUGCUGCAAGAAGAGAUGUACAGUAGAUAAAUCAUGGAGGGUCUUCAUUUAAACGUUUUGUGUUUUUUCAUCGAACUGUAUUUCUGGAAACUAAGCAUUCCAAUGAGGUUUUAUGUAGAUUUUUUCUUUAAGUCUGGUUUUUAUUUGUAACUGCAUCCAAUCAAGCUGAAAUAAACCAUCAUUCAGUUUUUUUUAAAAA